CAAAAUUACACACACUCACACACUCAGUGCCACUCUGCUCACUGGUCUUCCACUCCUAUAUCUCAAUUUCCUUCAGAUGAACCAGAUAGCAAUGGUGGAUUUCGACUUCCCACUGGAACCGCUGCCGCCGCCACCGCAAUACCCCACCCUACCACCGCCAGGCCCACCGCCACAGCCAACAGUCGUCGGGACUGCUGGCGGAAAUGGUGGAUUUUUCAGGCGGAGGCCGAAAAUUAGGGUCACCUCCGAGUACGACAGUGAGAGCUCGGUGUUCUUCCACAAGAUCUCCUGCAAGUUGCUGGAUAGCUUGGCCAAGUUGAAAUUCUCGUUUCAGAAUGACGGCAAGGGGGAAAUCUCCGACCCUCAGCUGGCUUUUACUUCCAAGUACUUGUCUCUUAACUAUGAUAUCGAGGAAAAAAACGCCCUUGUCAACGGAGGUUUUGAUGUUGGACCUGCUCUUCAAUUCAAAGCCACUCAUGACGUCAAAGCUCAGCAAGGAGAGGUGUCAAUGAUUGCAGAUCUUGUCACUCCAGGUUUGAAACUUGAGCUGUCAUCCACUGUUCCAUCUGUUGGCAUGCCUAGAGCAACCCUUAAGUUUCCACUAGGCGAAUUUUCAUUUGAGGAGAAAGAGGAGGAUGAAGAGGAAGAAUUAAAGAGGAGGUUAUCUGUUAGUGGGAUAUUCAAAACUCAAAUGCUAGAUGGGAUUUGUACUGCAGAAUACAAGGAUGAAGAUUUGAGUUUACGCUAUGCCUACAAGGAUGAGCAAAUGGCAUUCAUUCCAAGAAUUUCUUUGCCUUCAAAUACAGUAUCAUUUGCUUUGAAGCGUAGAUUUGGCCCUUCAGACAAGUUGAGUUACUGGUAUAAUUUUGAUUCAAAUGACUGGAGCACAGUGUAUAAACACACAGUUGGCAAGGACUUGAAAUUUAAAGCUGGUUAUGAUUCAGAGGUGCGACUUGGGUGGGCAUCUCUUUGGGUUGGAGAGGAGGAUGGCAAAGCUAAGACUGCUCCCAUGAAGAUUAAAGUUCAGUUCAUGCUCCAGGUGCCCCAAGAUGACAUCAAAUCCUCUGCUUUGAUGUUCCGUGUCAAAAAGAGAUGGGACAUAUGACUUUGAAGGUUGUACAGUGAUGAUCUCUUAAAUUUUCACAGCAAUGAUGAACGUGGUGUUUCAAGUGGUGGUGCAGCCUAGAAUAUAUUUGUUUCACAGCAAUGAUGAACGUGGUGUUUCAAGUGGUGGUGCAGCCUAGAAUAUAUUUGUUGUAACCAUAAUUGUGCUAUACCAAACAGGUCACCAUAUUGGGUAGAAGAUUUUUCUUUAUUAUGAUAGAGAGCUGAAAAAGAAAUGAUCAAGCAUUUUGCCCUGGAUAAUUUCUUUGAUGAUUCUUGGUUGCAGUUGUUGACAGUCAAUUGUAUAUCCGACAAUGGAGUACUCACAGCCAGCAUUUCUCUAUA